GCUUCCUUUCAAGUUUAAUAGUUUAGCAUUGAAGGGGAGAAAAGAGAAUGGUCACUGGAGUGGGGCAACAGCCAGGGGCAGCCACUGCUUCUUCGAGCAAGUGCUUGGUGAUGUGUCCUGCUUCUUUGAUGUUUCUGAGGGAAAGGGAGUGUCCUCCUACCUGGAGCUCUGAGAAAACCCUGCUUUUUCCUGAACUUGAGUGACAGUUUUAUGCCAGCUCUUUAGUCAGGCUUACAUCAGAGCAUGGUAUAGGCCACAACAGCAUCCUUACAAGAUCGAAAGAUCUAGUCUUAUUUCUUAUGAUUCAGAGCCUGUCAUCCUUUCUUUCUCCUUCACCUAACUGCUUCUUUUGGAGGUAAGGGCAUGGUUGCUAAUGGGUUAACUCGGGGACAACCACCGAGAGGCUCUUCCUAGAGGGCCCGGGAAGUGGUAUUGAUUCCCACUUGGGCUUCCUGUGCCCCACAGUCUCAAUUUUUCUCCAGCAUCUGGAGGCUGUUCAUUGCACCAAGACAUCUUUGGGGAUACUUACUGUGGGAUUCAGGGUGGGGUGCAGAGGAGGACGCUGCAGAGGCGCCGACUGUAGGGGCAACCUGUGAAGCUGCUCCCCAGGGUGUCCUCGCCCCUGGACUCGCGGAAGGGGACCGCUGCAGUUUUACGGUCCUAUAGUGAUUUCCCACCUUUCAAGAAUUUUCCGAGGACAUAUAGCUCCCAGGUAGAGUGAGACUCAAGUACUGCCUUGGUCCACGAUGGCUAGGGAAUCAAAGGAAAGCGCAGCUUUGGACGCCCAGUCUUCAGAGGACCGGACGGGGAUCCUGACCGUGAAGGUGGAAAAAGAGGACGCCUCGGUCUUGGCUGCAGAGGCGCACGCCCCAGGCAGCCCGGCUCCAAGCCCCGAGCACUCCCGCCAGCGCUUCCGAGGCUUCCGCUACCCGGAGGCUGAGGGGCCCCGCGAGGCACUGAGCCGACUUCGGGAGCUCUGCCGACUGUGGCUGCGGCCUGAGACGCACAGCAAGGAGCAGAUGCUGGAGCUGUUGGUGCUGGAGCAGUUCCUGACCAUCCUGCCGACGGACCUGCAGAGCUGGGUGCGGGAGCAGCAUCCGGAGAGCGGGGAGGAGGUGGUGGCGCUCUUGGAGUAUCUGGAGAGGCAGCCGGAUGGGCCGAUGCCGCAGGUCCCAGGUGGUGGCCAGGGGCAAGAACUGCUCUGUUGCAAGAUGGCAGUGUUGACACCCAUUCAGAGGCCACAAAAUAUCCAAUUGCAGCCAGUGAAGGCUCUGCUCAAGCGUGAAUCUCUGGGAUCCAGUCCAGACAGAGUUCUCCAGGUUCCAAGGCUUGCCCCUGGGGGGCGCUGCAGAGAAGAUGCCGCCGUGGUAGCGACCAGGUUCGCCCCAGGGUCCCAGGGGCCAUUUAAAAUGGAAGAUGUGGCCCUGACUGUCUCCCCUGGAUGGACACAGCUGGAUUCAUCUCAGGUGAACUUGUAUGGAGAUAAAAGGCAGGAGAACUGUGGCAGCCUGACCUCCUUGGGUGGUGUGGUGCAACCGAAGAUCAGAGAGCUGCCUCCAGAUGAGGAUCAUCCAACACAGGAGCCUGGGCAGAUACCACGCCACCUGGGGGAAGCCACUGGCCAGAUUCCUGCAUGUGCAGAAGCUGGUGAACAGGAGGGCCAGUUACAAAGAAAGCAGAAAAGUGCCGCAGGAAACAGGCGGCACUAUUGCCAUGAAUGUGGAAAGACUUUUGCUCAGAGUUCAGGCCUGACUAAGCACAGGAGAAUCCACACUGGGGAGAAGCCCUAUGAAUGUGAGGACUGUGGCAAGACCUUCAUCGGAAGCUCUGCUCUCGUCAUUCAUCAGAGAGUUCACACUGGUGAGAAGCCAUAUGAAUGUGAAGAAUGUGGCAAGGUCUUCAGUCACAGUUCAAACCUUAUCAAACACCAGAGAACUCACACUGGGGAGAAGCCCUACGAGUGUGAUGACUGUGGGAAAACAUUUAGCCAGAGCUGCAGCCUCCUAGAACAUCACAAAAUCCAUACCGGGGAGAAGCCCUACCAGUGCAACAUGUGUGGUAAAGCCUUUAGGCGGAAUUCACAUCUUCUGAGACAUCAGAGGAUCCAUGGUAAUAAAAACCUUCAGAAUCCUGACCCUGGACAGACCUGGGAGAGUCAGGGGAGGAAGGAAAGCCAGUGGGAAAAUGUUGAGGCUCCUGUGUCUUAUAAAUGUAAUGAGUGUGAGAGAAGUUUCACUAGGAAUAGAAGCCUUAUUGAGCAUCAAAAAAUCCACACGGGUGAGAAGCCCUUUCAGUGUGAUACAUGUGGAAAAGGCUUCACCCGAACUUCAUACCUUAUUCAACAUCAGAGAAGCCACGUUGGGAAAAAAAUUCUAUCUCCGUGACCCAUGGCUUACAUGCCAGAGUUGAUGUUCCUUCCUCAUUGAACUGAAGCCACCCUGGAACCCUUGCUGACUAGAAAACUGUGAGCUGAACUUUAUUUCCCACCACAUAUCAUCAGGUGUUUGUUAGAAAAUAGAGUCUGGUUGAGAUGAAUUCUCUUAUACAAACUAGAAGGUGAUUGGGAAAAAAAAAAAAAACUUGUUUGAUAGGAAGCUAUGGGAGCAUUGUCUGAAAGAGGUUGGACCUGAAAUAGUUCUCACCUUUUAGACUUAAACAGGCUUCCAGGCUGUCUAAUUAAUCACUCUCAGUCAGCAUUUUAUGAUGUCUUCUGGGUGGAUGACUUUCUGAUUUGGGGGGCUGGUGUUUCUGUUCACUUUGCCUCUAAUGAAUCCCUCACCUGUUGGUUGGAUCAGUGAUGUCUUAUCCCCACCCCACUGUGCCUUGUAUACAGGUGCUAUAAACAUUUAUUAAAUAUAC